CUUUUUUUCUCUCUGAAUCAGUUUCUUUUAUUAAAAACCCAAACUAAAAGGCAACAAGAAACCCAAAACAGAAACCACAAUGGCGUCUGGCACCCAACAGCACGUUGCGUUCUCCUUCCCGCUGCUCAAGCGCAACGAGAUUCUGGGCAUUUUGAACGACUUGCGCAUCCCAAUCACGGAGGAUGAUUUGCGCGAACCUUCCGCCACAAGCAUGCGCUUCUUGUACGAGAACUUUGUCGAGCUCAUUGUCGGCAUCAACAAGGAGGACCUCGCCCAGCCGCAAUUCGAGGCCGCUGCCAUGCUGGAAUACCCAGAGCUGCACAACGAAUCGCUCUCCGAGUUUGUCUUUAGCUCUGCGCUUCAGCGCCUGAUGCAAAUCUGCGGCAUCAAGGACUUUUCCAUGAACGACGUUCUGAAGCCCGACCAGAAUCGGACUCGCACGAUUCUGAGCGCCCUAAUCAACUUUACAAAGUUCCGCGAGGAGCACUUGGUGCACUACCAAGAUCUUGUUGCCGAGACAGAUCAGCUGCACGAUCGCAUGCAACAGUUGGAGGAGACCACGCAGCAUCUUGCAUCGCAAGUGCGCAUGAUUCGCGCCCAGCGCGAGGACGAGCAACCGGCCGUCGACGAGGUGCACAAGCAGGUCGACGUUCUGGAGGUGGAGAUUAACACGUUGAACAAGCUGCAAGCGCAGCUCCACGGCGAGAGUCGCAAGAUCAAGGACGAGAUUACCGCGCAGGCUGACCAGGCGGCAAACCUCAAGUUUAGCAUUGAAAAUGCUCGCCAAGACUGCGCUCGCCUGCGUAGCCAGAUUGUGCCUGCUCCAGACAAGCUCAAGAAGGAGAUUGUGGACAUGAAUGCCUCGCUUGUCCACGAAAAGGAGCUGCGUGCAAACGCAGAUCGCCGUGCCCGCGACAUGAGUGCCAAGCUCGAGGCGCUCAACAAGGCACAGCUUGACAUGCGCAAGGCCACCGCAUUGCUCGAGGACGUUGGUGCCCAAAUGGGCAAGCACCGUGAAACGUUGCGCGAGAUUGACAACACGCAAGAAGGAAUUCAGGUUCAGCAGCGUCGAGCAGCCGAACUUUCUGCCAAGGAGCAGCACGUGCGAAAGCAGCUUGCACAAAUGCAAGAACGCCACUCUCGCCUGCUUCACCAGCAAGACAUGAAGCGAGAGGCCGCAGGCCAAGCCGUCGAUACAAUGCGCCAAGAGCGCGAGGCUGUCGAAAACGAGCGACAGAACGCCAUGGCUAAAAUGGAAAAGAAUGCCACAUACAUUAAAGAGCUGAACGAGAAGCGAACUCAAGUCUUGCAAGCACAUGCAACUGAAAUCCAGAACAUUCACGUGUUGCACAUGCAGCUUUUCAAUCAGGUCGGCGAGUACCACCAAAAGCUGCUCGACUCGAUUGACGGAUCUGUCGAAUGAGUGAUCAAGCAUGUGAUAGUGGAGAAAUGUAGAGUUGAAAUUGAACGUUGGCUUUGUGUUGGAUGAAUGAAAAGCGAGUCAAUGGUGUUGCGGAUUAUUAGUGUUUGAGCAGAUUAAAGUUUUGCUGUUGUGAGAGUCGAGGUGCUUUUUUUUUUUUUUCAAACAACACACAGCCCAUA